CAAGUUUAAAAUGAGUGUAACAUCUCUAGAAGAACAGCCUUCGGCCGGCAGGAUGCUAAAGUUCAUACGCGGCAAGGGCCAGCAGCCCUCUGCUGAGAGGCAGAAACUUCAGAAUGAACUGUUUGCCUUCCGCAAGACAGUACAACACGGCUUUCCUCACAGAGCAUCAGCGCUAGCAUGGGACCCCCUCCUCAGGGUGGUAGCGCUAGGCACAGCCACCGGCGCCCUGAAGGUCUACGGAAGACCAGGCGUCGAGCUCUACGGACAGCACACAAACUCAGACUCCAGCGUCACACAGAUACACUUUAUUCCUGGCACAGGCCGACUAGUAUCACUAUCAGACGACAACAGCCUCCACUUAUGGGAGAUAAACGAGAAAUCCCUCGUGGAGCUGAAGACAUACAUAUUCGAAGGCAAAAACAAGAAAAUCUCGUCCCUAUGCGUCGAGUCUACGGGGAAGCACCUGUUGAUCGGUACUGAAGGGGGCAAUAUAUACAACCUGGACCUUAACACGUUCGCCGUCACCGAAGAUGUGAUAUAUCAGGAUGUUGUUAUGCAGAAUUGUCCAGAAGACUUCAAAGUAAACCCAGGCGCGGUAGAAGCUCUCUGCGAGCACCCGAAGGUCCCGUCGCGACUGUUAAUAGGCUACAACCGAGGCCUCGUCGUGUUAUGGGACCGAGUCGCCGCGGCGCCCACCCACACCUUCGUCUCCAACCAGCAGCUGGAGAGCUUGUGUUGGAAUGAUGAAGGCGAGCACUUCACAUCGUCCCACAACGACGGGUCCUACGUAACAUGGGAGGUGGCCGGAGCCAACAGCGACCGGCCCCUGAAGGAACCCAUCACGCCUUACGGACCCUACCCCUGCAAGGCCAUCAACAAGAUCCUGAACAGGACCAGCGUUGAUGGCGAUGAGAUUACUAUUUAUGCGGGUGGUAUGCCACGAGCCUCAUACUCCGACAAAUACACAGUCACAGUACAACAGGGAGAGAAACACGUCGCAUUCGAUUUUACUAGCCGAGUAAUCGAUUUCUUCACAACGACCCCGGUGCCGCCCGACGGUGUGCCGCUACAGGAAGACAGGCCCGACACUCCUGCGCAGAUGCAGUUACAAACCGUCAACCAAGUCGCCGCUGCUUUGGUUGUAUUAGCAGAAGAAGAGUUAGUAGUUAUAGACCUAUGCGACGAUCGCUGGCGUCCUCUCCGCCUACCGUACCUGGUCUCCAUCCACGCGUCCGCCGUCACUACCGCGCAGUUGGUCGACAAUGUUGCGUCCAACGUCUAUGAGAAUAUCGUCGCCGCUGGUCAACAGCAAAGCGAAAAUGUCUACUCUGAAAGCGCGUGGCCGAUCUCCGGCGGCGUCGCGGAGACUCCCGAGCAGGCGGAGCGACAACUGCUACUCACGGGACACGAAGACGGCUCUGUACGAUUCUGGGAUGUAAGCGGAGUCGCCAUGACUCCUCUCUACAAGUAUACUACUGCGCAACUGUUCAGUGGUGAAGAAAUAGGCGAGAACAACGACAGUCAGACCGACGAAGAGGAAUGGCCUCCUUUCAGACGAGUGGGAACCUUCGACCCUUAUAGUGACGAUCCAAGGCUUGCUGUCAAACGGGUAAUCCUGUGCCCACUUUCCGGAAUGCUGACAAUCGGUGGUGCCGCUGGUCAUAUUGUUAUCGCAAGCCUCAAGACAUCGUCAAACACUGCUGAAGUUAAGUCUGUGACAGUGAACAUCGUAUCAGAUCGCGACGGCUUUGUAUGGAAGGGGCACGAUCAGCUGACUUUAAGAUCAGGAUCACUCACAUUCCCACAAGGAUAUCAGGCCAGCUCGGUGGUGCAGCUGGUCCCCCCGGCGGCGGUGACGGCGCUGGCGGCGCAGUGGGAGUGGGGCGUGGUGUGCGGCGGCACGGCGCACGGGCUGGCGCUGCUGGACGCGCUGGCCUGCCGCCCGCUGCUGCACAAGUGCACGCUCAACCCGCACGAUCAUUCCGGUGCUGGCGACACGCCAAUUUCAAGAAGAAAGUCGUUCAAGAAGUCCCUGAGGGAGUCGUUCAGAAGACUGCGGAAAGGAAGGUCACAGCGGCGACAGACCACCACGUCGAGCCCCACUUCACCCACACAACCAAUCCCGAAAAAGCCCACAGACAAGGCGGCAUCAGACACGGACGCGGAAUUGAAGCCCGUAGAGCGGGCGAUCGAAGCGAGACCUACGGAUGACGGGUUCGGCUCUAUGGUGCGCUGUCUAUACUUCGCUAGGACAUUCCUUAUUAACACACAAAACUCAACACCGACCCUAUGGGCGGGCACAAACAACGGCACAGUCUACGCCUUCACGAUAACCGUCCCCAACACGAACAAGAGGAAAGACGAGCCCGUCACCUGCCAGCUCGCCAAGGAGAUACAGCUCAAGCACCGCGCCCCCGUCAUCGGCAUCACCGUGCUCGACGGAGCUGCCGUGCCGCUGCCUGAGCCGCUAGAGGUUGAGCGCGGCGUGUCUCCGCUGCCGGAGAGCGGCACGCACCGCGUGGUGAUCACGUCGGAGGAGCAGUUCAAGGUGUUCACGCUGCCCUCGCUCAAGCCGCACAACAAGUACAAGCUCACCGCGCACGAGGGCGCCAGGGUCCGUCGCACAGCGUUCGCGUGGUUCGAAUGCCCCGGGGCAGCAGGCGGGCUGCACCGCGAGUGGUGCCUGCUGUGCCUCACCAACCUGGGCGACUGCCUCGUGCUCAGCCCCGAGCUGCGCCGCCAGCUCAACGCCGCCGCCGUGCGCAAGGAGGACAUCAAUGGCAUUUCAAGUUUAUGCUUCUCGAAACGAGGCGAAGCUCUCUACUUGCAUUCUUCGUCGGAAUUACAACGGAUCACCUUAUCUGCUACUAAGGUGACGAUAGCACAGUGCCACAUAAUUCUGUCGCCAUGGGCGGCGGCACUGCGUGGAGCCGUGGAAGAACCGCCGCUAACGAAUGGCGAACACAAGGAGGAGUCAUCAGAAGCACCUCACGACGUGACAGCGGCGUCGGCCGACAUCACGGUGGACUCCGUACGCGACCACACGCAGGCGCCGACCGACAACCAAGCUGCGCCCGAACUUAAUAUUAACUUACAGAACUCGCAAGUAAACACAUCGUCAAUGGUGGUGAAGACCACCACGCGCACCACGGUCAGCGAUACCAACGGUGAUGGUACUACCACCACCACCACUACCAACAGCACCAGUGAGAACAUCCUAGAGCACAGUCGCGAGGAAGGAGUCAUCACGCGCAUCGAGACGGGCACAGUGACGGUCCCGGCCGGCACCGACCCCAAGCUGAUCCUCGAGAUGUUUGACCGCCAGCGCUCGCCGCUCGCCGUGCCCGUGCCGCCGCAGCCCGCCGCCGCCGAGACCAACUAACCGCGCACAACACCCAACCAUGCACUACGCUGCCGGCCCCCAUACCGGCUCUAUAUUCCGCCACUUGUCUAUUCCAACCGUAUCGUUCAACCGGUAUUCAAACCACCGACCCCAGACGAAAUACCGGCGUUUUUUAUCAUUUGACAAAAAUUGUAUUAAGAGUGACAACGUUUAGUUUUUAAUACAACUAGAAUAAUUUGUAAACGUAUUUAUAGCGAUAAAUUUCGUUCUAUGCCUAGACAGCUAAAGG